AUAAAAUGAAAUUAAGAUCAAUAAGCACUAUCGAUCAUCCAAAAGAAUUCUUGUUUCCCAUUGAACCAGAUCUUUCAGCCUCUAUGACUGUACAAAAUUCAAAAAUUUAUCAAAUGUAUUAAAAAAACAAGUAGGCAACUCCAAAUAAACAUCCAUUACAAGCUUAAUUUAAUUUUACUAAUACUUCUAGAUUAGAAAAUAAUAAUUCAAUAUCACCAUUAAGAUUAUAUCCAGAAAAAACAGAACUUAUUAAUUUAUCUUCUAAAAGAUCUUUAACUCCUACUUCUUAACCAUAACAAAUAAAAAUUAAAGGACUCACUGAAAAAUUUAAUGAAACUUAAUUAAAAAGGACUUUAAGACAUCAAGGAGUAGGAAUUGUUUAUUGUAGACAAAAUUACAAUAAGAUUAAUAAUAAAGGAGAUGGAACUGGAGAAAUCAUGCUUGAAGGUAUUCAAAAUCUCCAUGAUGUUAAAAAGCGACUCAAAACCUUUGGAUUAGAAUUAGAAAAUGAAGGAAUUUAACAUGGAGUUAAACAUAUGAUCUCUGAAAAAUUUGCAAAAAUCUUAUAAACUGAAAGAAAUAAAACAUCUAGAAAUCAACACAAUUACUUUAGAGCAUGA